UGUGACCUGACCCCUUGGUGGUCCCUCCCCUCAGCCUUUCCCCAUAUUACUUCCCUGGGGCUCUGGCCCCUAUCUUGCUCAGCUCCAGCUUCUCAAUCACCACCAAGGCCUCUGGACAGGGACUGCACAGUCCUCCUCUCUGAGCAAGGGGGCUCCAGAGACUGCCCCAACCAGGAAGUCUGGUGGCCUGGCAUUCGGACAGUCCCUUGGUAAUGUCCAGGGCUCCAGGAAGAGAUGUCCUUGUGGCUGGAGGCCCCUGUGCCUGACACUUCUCCUGAUUCUGCAGUGGAGCUGUGGGAACCAGAUGCACCAGAUGCAAGCAGCCCGGCCCUGAGAGGCAGCAACUGCACCCUCAGGGAGGAAGCUAGCAUGCCCCAAUCAGCUGGGGGCACUUCGGGGCUGGGGCUGGAGGCUGCAGAUCCCACAGCCUUGCUCCCCAGGAUGGAGGCCCCUCCAGAGUCCACAGAGCUCCGUCCACAAAAGCGGAAAAAGGGGCCAGCCCCCAAAAUGCUGGGGAAUGAGCUGUGCAGUGUGUGUGGGGACAAGGCCUCUGGCUUCCACUACAACGUGCUGAGCUGUGAGGGCUGCAAGGGAUUCUUCCGCCGCAGUGUCAUCAAAGGGGCGCGCUACAUCUGCCACAGCGGGGGCCACUGCCCCAUGGACACCUAUAUGCGUCGCAAGUGCCAGGAGUGUCGUCUUCGCAAAUGCCGCCAGGCUGGCAUGCGGGAGGAGUGUGUCCUGUCGGAGGAACAGAUCCGACUGAAGAAACUGAAGCGGCAAGAGGAGGAACAGGCUCAGUCCACAUCUGUGCCUCCAAGGGCAUCAACUCCCCAGAUCCUGCCCCAGCUCAGCCCAGAGCAACUGGGCAUGAUUGAGAAGCUGGUGGCUGCCCAGCAACAGUGUAACAGACGCUCCUUUUCUGACCGGCUUCGAGUGACGCCUUGGCCCAUGGCACCAGAUCCCCAGAGCUGGGAGGCCCGGCAGCAGCGCUUUGCCCACUUCACUGAGCUGGCCAUCGUCUCUGUCCAGGAGAUCGUCGAUUUUGCCAAACAGCUGCCCGGCUUCCUGCAGCUCAGCCGGGAGGACCAGAUCGCCCUGCUGAAGACCUCUGCGAUUGAGGUGAUGCUUCUGGAGACAUCUCGGAGGUACAACCCUGGGAGUGAAAGUAUCACCUUCCUCAAGGAUUUCAGUUAUAACCGGGAAGACUUUGCCAAAGCAGGGCUGCAAGUGGAGUUCAUCAACCCCAUCUUUGAGUUCUCCAGAGCCAUGAAUGAGCUGCAGCUCAAUGACGCCGAGUUUGCUUUGCUCAUUGCCAUCAGCAUCUUUUCUGCAGACCGGCCCAACGUGCAGGAUCAGCUCCAGGUAGAGAGGCUGCAACACACAUAUGUGGAGGCCCUGCAUGCCUACGUCUCCAUCCACCACCCCCAUGACCGCCUGAUGUUCCCACGGAUGCUAAUGAAGCUGGUGAGCCUCCGGACACUGAGCAGCGUCCACUCGGAGCAAGUGUUUGCGCUGCGCCUGCAGGACAAAAAGCUUCCCCCGCUGCUCUCUGAGAUCUGGGAUGUGCACGAAUGACUGUCCUCCCCCUAACCUUCUGUUUUGGGGGCUGCCUCCUAGGGGUGGAACAGACCGAGCAGGGCAGCAUUCCUGGGGGCUGGGCCAAGGAGCCCCUCGCGUGGCAUUAAAGGAGAGUCAACGGGCUGGGAGUUUUGUGGCUGCUGGGCACUGAGGUUCACUGUGCUCCACUUGAACAGGGCACUGACCCGACCAAACGGAUGAGCCUGGGGCCGCUUUGCACAAGGCUCUGCAGGCCUGCCCAGCCUGCCUGCACCACUUCCUGUUUUCCCCGCCGGCCCCUGGAGACAUUCUCCACCGUCA